AUGCUGCCCCCUCCACUUGUCGGCGUGUACCAGCAGUAUAAGCAAGACACGGAUUCCAUUGCGGCUUGGCUUGCUUCUACUGCUGCAGCUCACGGCUACUCGCGUGAUCUGCUCCAGACAGGAAGUGAGAAGACCCAGUCAACCGGCCGACUCAAAGGUAAGGCUAGGAAGAACGCCAAGAAACAAGCAGCAGGCGGCACCAAAUCCCCGCCGAACGCUGCGCCCAAGUACCGUAUUGCGAUCAAGGACUUUACCGUCCUAUCAGAGUUCAUUUCCGGGAAGAACAUAGCUGUUCCGAGGCCAUUUGCCUCCACGCUUGACCGGUUGAUCAAAGUCCGUGGUGGGUUCGGCAGCCAGCUCGUCGAACAUGGCAAAGCCUCCAAUGCUACCUCAGAUCGGAAGCAUUCCUUCUUUGUCGGCGUCUUGCAGAAAGUCCGGGAGAUUCUGAAACCUCUCACGCAAACGACCGUUGAAAGAGAGGAUGCCCGCACUCCUAUGGAAGAAGCCGCAAGCCGCUUUGCAGGGUUGUCCGUGUACGAGCCUUCGGAGGAGUUCCUGAACGCCCCCGACGUCGAACGACCUCAACAAACCCCUGGUGACGAUGCUGUGUAUGAAGCUGAGCAAUCAACUUCUUACGCGGAUGUCAUGUACGCAGUGGGGGCCAUGGUGAACGACCUCAACAAAAUCCGAUCUCGGAUUGAUUGGAUCUGGUCGAACUACAAGAUUGGCGUGUUUGAUCUCGCUGCCGCAGCCAUUGCUACCAACACAGCCAUAGAUCUCGCUCGCAACUUGAUAGACGAGGUUAUGCCUCUGGCAGAGACACACGGCGGUGCUUGGGGGAUAUUGAAUGAGUUCUACCAGCUCCAAGCGAGAAAUAAGGGCUUCAAGACCAAGGAUAUUUUUGUGCAAAGCAACCCGGCUGACAACUUCAACUAUGAUCUGUACGACCUCGGCGUUGAUACAUUCCUCCUCCCCUAUCGAAUCGUGGAGGCAUUCUCCCGAGUUCUUCUGCCAGGCCAGCUUCCCGUAUACAAAGAGGGGUUGUUUGGCUGGUACGACGCCAGCAGUGACCGAGGGGCGAAAACGGGAUACCAGAAAUUUGAGGAAGACCGAACAUUGUUGACGCCCUUUUUUACUGAGCUCAUGACUGUCGUACGGGGUAUUGGAGAAUAUCCAGUCCAAGACGAAUUCCUUCGAGGGAUGGAAGAGUUGAAUACGACCAACAAGGUUCCGUUUUACCUUGUUUUCGCGGCACAAGUCUUUGUUGAUAUCCACCACAUGCUGCGCGGCCAGGCAACCGAAGGAUUCAAGGAACUCGAAAGACAUGCCAACUUCAUGAUCAAGGAUAUCAAGGAACACCUUGAGUUUCACAAGAACCUUAGGGUUGAUACAUGGCCAAAGGCUAACGACCAAUUCAUCAUGGAUCGUCUAAAGCUUGUCAGCGAUACCCUGGAAGACCCGGUCUACAAGACCAAAGUCAAGUUCUGGCACAAAAUGCGGAUGUCUAUUCCUCCUACCGUUGAGCCCAACCGCAUACUGAAGAUGUCGCCCGUUCUGAGCGGCUUACUGCUCUACCGGUUCAAAUCCCAGCAUCGGGAGAUUGGCCUAGCUAUUGCAAAUGCAUGGGGCUCUGUGACCUACACUGCGCACCUUCAUAACGCUCUUCAGAGUGAAAAGCUUGUUGCUGGAAAAUGGCAAGAUAUGAUGUUGGCUCGCACCAUUCUUGGGGACUCCACCUUCUUCGUGGGUGACCCACCAACUAAUGGUGAAGACUAUAUGCGGAAAUUCAGCCUCCAAGCAGGUGUUCCGUUUGCUGCCAUGACUAGCACGCGUCGCAAAAACACCGCUCUGGAGUCCAAAGCUGGGCCACGAGGUAAGCAGCUCUUAUUCUACUCAUUACCCUUCAACCUGGCAGGCUUGGAGCUACACGACAAUGAUCACUGCUCAACUGGACUCUGCCAGUUUAUUACACUCACAAGUAUGCGUAUUAAUGAGUUCGUAGGGAUUAAGAGUGAACAUCUUCCGCCUGUAUCUUCCAUGUUCUUUGACCGCUACGUAAAUGGAUCACGCCGAGUAGACUGGACUGCGGAGCAAGUGGACCAGGUUAUCGAGCUGAGCUUAUACGAAGAAAUGGGAAGUGAAGAGGAAGGCACCCUCAUGUUUGGCCAGAUUGAAGAACCAGAGAAAAUUAAGGGGAAGCAAAGGGCCAGUGGUAACGGCGGAAAAAAACGCAAGAAAGCUUCGGAGGGUGCAGUCCUUUCGCCUGAGCAGUUGAUACACCAGCUGACGUUCGCCCUCAACAACGAGAAGCUAGAGCUCAGUUUCCCAUGGCUCACCAUGCACCGCUCCUGCUGGAGGCUUCUCCGAGCGGUCAAAGACGGCUGCGACGCUCACCUCCGCGAGACCGUCGGGCCUGUUUAUAUGGAGAAGGAGUCGCAGCUCCCGUUUUUGAUGAUGUGGAUCUUUGGGUUCGCAGGCAAAGGAGACAUGCGAUUGAUGCACCUAGCGGCCGAUGCGGCGCGUGGGUUCUACGGGCGCUCGGGGCGCGAUGUCCUUGGCGUGCUUCACCGGCUCGGGAUGCCCAUCCAAUUCACGACUGAGGAUGAGUUCGAGGCCAUUGCGCAGGAGUCUAGUCAGUAA